AUGUUCAAAUUAAGAAACAAGAGGAGGCCUCAGCCUCAGCCUCAGCCUCAGCCUCAGCCUCAGCCUCAGCCCCAGCCCCCCCAGCCUCAGCCACAGCCACAGCCACAGCCUCAGCCUCAGCCUCAGAUGUGCCUACUCCAAUUCAACUACUGUCAAUGUAAAGGCUGUGACAAGAACUUCGCAGAAUUUCAGAAACUUGUUGAAAAGAAAUACGGUGUCCAAAAACCGAGUUUGGAUAAACAGCAAGGGAUAGUGACUGUGAUCGGGACUGGAGCUGCCACUCCAAAGAAGCUUGAGGAGCUUCUUCAAAAAACCAUAAAGAAAAAAUAUGUCCGGAUUUUGCCAACUCCAAAGAAGGAAACUAGUGAAGCAGAAAAAGGGGGCAAGGAGAGUAAUCACCCACCACCACCACCACAACAACAACAACAUCCUGAUGCAAAUAACAUGGGAGGAACAAGUGGAAAUAUGCAACAUGUUGGAGAGUCGAGCCGGAUGGGCCAAAUGGGUCAGUAUCCCAUGGGUCACCCAGGAGCCCCGCAUGGUCAAAUGGACCAAACAAGAGCCCAAUAUGGCCAGAUGGAGCAGAGGUAUCAAUAUUCAAUGGAUGGUAAUCAAGAAUCAUCAUUCCGGACCAAAAACCAUCAAGAAUCAUCAUGGAACGUUUUCAAUGAUGAGAAUGCCAAUAGUUGCACCAUCAUGUGA